AUGAACAUUGGCUUUAAAGCUUGCACUGCCUCGGUACUUUAGUGAAGCUGUAAAUGGCAGAUCCCUAUAAAAGGAAAAUGUGGAAAACCAGAGCAGAUAUUGGUAGUUAGUGAAGAUGAAUGAUGAACUUAUUUUAGAGAGGGUGAAGGUUGAUUGCCAUGGGAAUAUUUCAGGGAAGGUCCAGGCUGAGGAUGAUGCCUAUGAUAUACUGCUGGCAGAAAUGCAAGAGCAUUUUGCCAAUGAUCAGAUGGUUUCAGUUAUUUCUUACAGUCCCAGAGUGGGUGAGUUGUGUGCAGGUGCUUGGCAGAACCAUUGGUACAGAGUGAAAGUUAUCAACAAAUUGAGUGGUGGAAGGACAGGAUAUAUUGUUACAUGCAGUUUUGUGGAUGAAGGACUGGAAAAGACAAUUCCAAUUUCAGGGCUGAAGCACCUGCCUCCAAAGUUCUCUGAGCUGCCAUUCCAAGUAAAGAAUGUUCAUCUACAUGGAAUCCAGCCAUACUCUAUGAAGAUAUCACCAGAAGAUCUCAAUGUGUAUCAGGGGCCAAAGAGACUGUGGGACGAAGCAGCAGUGAAGUAUAUUGAUGAUAACAUUACAGCUGCUACGGAGGUCAGAUGUAUUGUAAUGGAGACAUAUGCAGAUGGCACUAUAUCUGUACGUAUGUUCCUUGGAACAAGACGGGGAGGACUGAUCUGCCUGAAUGAAUUACUUGUGAUGGAAAACUAUGCUACAGGAACAGAUAGACUUGAAGAGAGAAUGAGCAUCAGCCCAAAAAUGUCUGAAAGUCUGACUGCAGGUAUACAAAGAGUGUUCAGAAAAAGACAUGGUUCAAAUAAACAAAGUACUGCAGAAUCAACUGUUAAAUCAGACACAGAAUAUUACAGUAGACCCUCCAUGCCGGAUGAGAGAGGGGAUUUUAGUGAUAGAUUUGGUUACUUAACUGACAAUCAGGGUAUUUCGGCAAUAUCACACCGGAGGUUUCACCGUACACCACCCAAAACUUUGACAGAUAUUUACCAGGAGAGUGAAUUAAGAAAGUUAGAAUCAACGAAAAAUCGGAGUGGUUUGAAUGGAUAUUCAAAUAGUCAUGUGGAUAUAGAGAAAAAUGGUGAUAUGCAGGAAAGCGUGAAAACAGUUCAGGAAGAGAAGCCUAAAUCAGUGGGUAGAGGUCAGCUGUAUAGUUCUGCUAAUGAGGAAGACAUUCAAAGUGACUGUACAUCAAAUCGUCAGAGAAUGAGAGGAGUAUUGGGAAGUUACUCCUCCGGUGAUGAAAAUGUUAGACAUAGAAUUGACCAAAGACGUCAAAUUAUACGCAAUCAGUACUAUGGAAAUACCUUGGAAAACGACAAAAUGUUAAUCGAUGCCAUUGGAGCAAGACGGAAAAUAACUACUCCACCAAAAGAGAACAUAAAUGAAAAUGGUUGUUUGUUCUUUAAAGGAAGAGGUUCUCCCACUUAUGGGAGAGGUGCUGUUUUGACCUCUGAUCUUGCAAACAAAUUAAAAUCUCCACCAAGUGCCAGUAUGUGUUCAGAUACCUCAUCAAAAGAUUUGCUUCCAAAAGGAAGAGGUGCAAUUCUAUUAAAUAAAAUUUCUAGUCAAUACUCUACACAAAUAGACAGUGUAUCUCAGUGUGAAACAAGAGAGAACAGUGAUAAUGAAAGCAGUUAUGGAAUCAGAUCUCGAAGAGAAUCAUUAUCAAAUCGGAUUAAAUCAAUCAGUGAUAUGGAUUCUUGUACAGAAAGUGAAGCCGGUGCUUUGUCAAGAAAUGAAAGACGACGACAAGCAAAGUUAAGUUCAGUUUAUAAUGAUAUAUAUAGUGACUCCGACCAAAGUGCAAUUAGUAAAACCAAACAAUUAGUGCAAUCAAAUAUAGACACAGUUGUUAGCCAAUCUUCAAAUUCCGUAAUGAACAGUGCAGGUAAAGCAUCUAGCUCCCGGACUAGUCGUAGCACAACACAGGGUUAUUUGUCAGGAAAUGAAUCUGCAUCUUCGGAAAUUAGUAUUGUUGCAGCAUCAAUGAGGGGACAGGGUGAAUUCAGAGGAGGUCGUCUCCCAAGAGGUACUAGAGCUAAAGGAAAUCCAGACAGAAGGUCAGACAGUAGUGAUUUCUCAUUAAGAAUCCAGCAGAUGAAGGCAGCAGAAAGUUCCAGCCCAGUAAACCAGUCUGAAACCAAAAUUUCUCCAGCCACCGCUCCUGGAUCAAAUCUACCUAACCAGUCCCAAACCAGAAUUCAAUUGACCACUGACUUGACAGGUUCUAGAUCAGGUUUGGUCAGCCAGUCUCAAACCAGACGUCCCAUAACCUCUGACCCGACUGGUUCUGAGGCUUCCAGUGAUGAAAAGUUUAUACAGAAAGCAACCAGUCCAAGUAAACUGCAGAUGUUAAUGUCUGACACAUCUACAGGAAAUUAUAAGAACCAGUCAAUGGAAAGGAUGACAGGCCAAUUGUCAUUAAAGGAAUCAAGACAGUCAGUGCCUUACGAUGGUGUAAUAGUUUCCAAGAGACUUGAGAAUGGUCCUACGCAUACAGCUGUUUUUACAGAAGCUAAAUCCCAAAUGAUAGGAGAGAUGGCAGGGAAACGAAUGCUGUCUAACCUUGCCCAGAGCUCAACAAGAAGUCUAACGAGACCUACUACACAGGAAACAGGAUUUGCUACCUUGUGCUAUGAAGUUUUGGUACAUGGAAGUCGUCCGCCAAAACCAGUCUAUAAAUUACAAAAUGCCCGAUUCACAGAGCAUGUCCAGAUGGCAUUUAAUGCAAGGAGAUUUCCAGAGCUGAAGUUAUCACAAGCCUACUCAUGGCCAGCAAUCACUCGAGGUCAACAUGUGAUAACAGUGUCACCUCCUGGUGGUGGAAAGACAUUAGCGUACUUGUGUCCACUAAUCUCAGCCCUGUCAGAUGCCAAAGUGUAUCAUCAGGUGAACAGGAAUGGAAAAGGGCCAUUUGUUAUUGUGUUAUCCUUCACAUGGCGACGAGCAAAGUAUGUGUAUUCUGAGGCAUGUAGCUUGAUAGGAGGACGUCGUGACAUGAAGGUUAUUCUUGUUCAUGGUGGAGCAGAGCUAGAGGACAAGAAAGCUUGUGAAAUUAUAAAUGGUUGUGAAAUAUUGGUGGCCACACCUCCAAGCUUGUCAAGGAUAUUGGAGGCAGGUUAUACAGACCUACGAAGACUGUGCCAUCUGGUGGUGGAUGAUGCUGACCAGACAUUAAAAAAUUUCAGCCGAGACAUCGGCAAUUUGAUAAAAACUUAUGACCUAGUUAUUAAGAAUGAGAUGAAACAUUUAGGCUGCCCCAGACAGAUCCUAUGUUUCGGAGCCCAGUGGAAUGCUGCAACCAAUGCAUUUAUGCAGAGUAACCUGAUUGAACCUGUGUUGAUCAUUACAUCACCGUUUGAGGCUGCCAUUUAUGGUCAAGUGAAGCAGGUAACACACAUGUGUAAGAAAGCAGACAGGUUGAAAGAAGUAUUGGGUAUAUUAGAAAACCUGCCGGACGACUCGUGCCAUCCAGUGAUUAUUUUUGCCUCACAUAUAAAGGACAUCCUGAUGUUGUACAAGACUCUAAACACUAGUUCCCGCUUCUGUCUGAUGGUACAUGAAGACAUGGAUACAUUUGAAGUAGACAGGAUUGCUGAGCAAUGGCCUGUACCACUACUGGUGUGCUGGGAUGAACAUACAGCAAAACUGAGAAUCACAAAUGCUACAGCUGUAAUACACUAUGAUAUGCCUCCAUCUAAGACAAAGUUUAGUAACAGAUUGUGCUGUAUGCGACAAUACUUCCAUGACUUCUCUAAGUCGGAACAGUCGUCCAUUAAGCCAACAUCCCACAUGAUAAUCACGGAGGACUGUGAUCGACAGUUGAGGAGCUUAAAUGAUUUACUGAUAAGACUAGAUUGUGAACGGCCUGCUGAGUUGAAAGCCUUCAUGGCUGGAUUGUUAGAGCAUAAAGAAGAAGAUGAGGGACGUGAAUUAUGCACACAGACACUAGCUUUUGGCACUUGCAGAGAUACAACCAGGUGUAGCUACAGACAUAGAAUCAUUCCAGAAUAUGACAAUAUGGAAGAAUCUGAUUGGAUACCUAGAGAAGGUGAAGUGAAGGUGCUGGUAACCCAUGUAGAAGAUGCUAGUCAUUUCUAUGUACGUUUGUUAGCAGUGAAACAUGAAGCCCAAACUGGGUAUGAGGAUUUAUCUCUGCGGUUUACACAGAUGCAGAUGGACUUGGCUAUGUGGUAUGGCAAUCUCAGGAAUAAGAAAAGAUACGCACCAGAUAUUACAGAGGAAUCAGGGUACACAAUAGGAGAGGUGUGUGGUUUUGAAGAAAAUGAAGUUUUUUACAGAGUACAGAUAUUUACUGUAGAGAAGAGUCUUGAAAAUGAAGCCGUCCCUGUGAUAUAUGCUUUGGUGAAGUUUGUAGACAGUGGGAGAAUGAAGAAAAUACCUGCUUACAAACUGUAUGUGUUACCUCGUCAUCUCAGAGAUCUGCCGUUCCAGGCUGUAGAAGUAUUUGUAUGCAAAGUACGACCUGUGGAUAAAGAUAUUGAGUGGACACAAAAGGCUAAUAUGUUUAUCAGUGAAUCAGUGAUAGGCAAGGAGCUGGUUGGAAAUGUAUUAUUACGUAUUGGAUAUAUUCUAUGGCUAGAUCCACUGCUGUCACGUAAAUAUCUGCCUGUCACACAGACUGUCUCUCAUCAGUUUUAUGUACAUGAAGAACUGACAAGGAAUGGAUUUGCUGAUGAAAAUAAAAAUCAUCUUCAGAAGUUGUACAAGUUGUGUGAGGGAAAGAUCACCAUACCCAAGGCUCUACUGAAGAAAACCAAAAUGAGUCCAAUAUUAGACACAGAUGUUUUACCGGCAUGUGCCUCGAGGACAAGUCAUGAUGUACAUGUAUCCUCCGUCCUCUCACCAGAUCUCUUCUUUGUGCAGCGGAAAGAAAAACUUGAGGAGUUGGAGGACUUGAUGACAGAAAUAAAUAUUUUUGUGGACCGGAAUGAUAUAUAUGUUGAUAUAGGUCAGGAACUAACUUGUGGCAAAUAUUGCCUAGCACAGUACACCAACUUUGAUCAGAGAUGGUAUCGUGGUCAGAUUCUUGAGGUUGGUGCCAGUCAGUUCAAGGUUUUCUUCGCAGAUUAUGGAGACAGUGACCAUGUUCCUAAAGACAAAGUUCGGGAAAUACCUGUUGACAGAUUUCAUGAACUACCUCUCCAGGCUAUAGAGUGUAAAUUAUAUGGUAUCAGGCCUAUAGAAGAAGAAUGGAGUGAAACUAUUGGUGAUGUGUUAUGGGACCUCACUCAUUAUGUUAAUUUUGACCUCCGUGUACUGAAUGCUGUUGUGAAGGGCAAGGAACCAGCCAAGUUUGCAGGAAGACACAAGUUUGUUGUGGAGCUGAGAACCACAUCAAGGUCAUGUGACUUGAACAUAGCUGAGGAGUUGUCUUGGCAACAGCUUGCUGUACCGACUGAGGGCAGUGAAAUGGAGCCAUUGUUUCCCAAACCGUCCAGAUUAAAACUGAAGAUGUAUCGUUCUCCGGUGGAUAAAGUACCAGACUUGUGUUCCUCACUUUACUGGGAAACAGAUGAAGAUAAAGCAAUGAAAUUAUGUGAGGAAAUAUGUGAAAUAAUUUCUAAAUCAGUUAAUAGUUCAGUCGAGUCUUCAACAUUACCAUGUGUUGCCUGUUUGGUGAAAUUACUUGGUCGUAUCAAAUGGGACAGUGUUCAUGAGGACAUCCUCUACUGUAUAUUGUGCAUUGCUCAAGUAGGCGAAAUGAUGUGUGAUGAACUGAUAGAUGAAAUGUGUGUUCCAGGUGUGAUCAGAUGUCUAGAAAUGAACUCUAAUCCAGUAUUACAGCAACAAGCAGCAGACUUUAUUGCCAAAAUAUCAGACAUAUCUUCCAGAAUAAAGACAUAUUUUCAACUGAAGGGGAAUAUACAAGUAUUGUUUGAGCUGAUAUCAAAUACAGAGAUAGAUCUGGUACAGGGAGCUGUGUGUAGAGCAUUUGCAGCACUAUGUAAAGGCUCAGAAGGAGUAUGCACAUACCUUACGGACAAGUCAAUAUGUCAGAAACUUGUGAAGUGCUUGUUACAUACAGCUGAACACAAUGUAGCUGAAGGUGUUCUUACAUUGAUUGCAGAGCUGGCAGAACAUGACAGUGGACAUGAAGACUUGAAGAAGGAAUCUCUUAUAGAAGCUAUAGUGAAGAAUCUCUGUAAAACCAACUGUGAUAAGUGUAUCCAGUACUCUGUACAGCAGUGUGAUUAUUUCUCAUCAACGAGACGAAAACACAAAACGUUCCUGUUAGAACAACAGAUGGUACCUAUACUCACCAGGAUAUUACAACUUGACUUACAAUCAGCCACAAAACAGUUGUGUAAGGACCUUCUAACAUCACUUGUUAUCAAAGUGCCUUCAGAACCACUCACUGGUACAGCAUUCCGACCUGAUAACCUCAGUGCUGCCUCUGAUAGUAUUCCACCAGAAGUGAAAUGGUCACAGAAUACAUUCCGUGUUGUACUGAAGGUGACAGUUAGUAAUGUGACUGCAUCCCCACAGGAGAUUGUUAGCUUUACAAAUAACUCGGUGAAAUUUAGAGCAACAGUGGAUGGCUUAUGUUAUGCCUUCAAGUAUAAGCUUUUUGAUGGUAUAAUUGUGGAGAAGAGUACAGUAGAAAUUAGUACAAAUGUUGUUGCUGUUUCCAUGAAGAAAUCCAAAGAGGGAAAGUGGAGUAGGUUGUUGCAUGACAAAGUUAAACCAUCAAACCUGUUUGUUGACUUUGAGAACUGGGUGGACAGCUCAUCUGAUUCUGAAGUCUGUGAUGAUGAACAACCAUUUGUACUGAAAAAAAAGCAAAGGGGAGCAAAGGGAUUCAGAGGGAGUGGGAAGCCACCAGAGAGACGUGAGCUGGCAGACAGAGAAAGUGACACAAGCACUUCGGACAGUCUUGAGAAUGAAGAAGACAGGGACGAUCCUCUUUACGAAAACUUCCUCUGAAAUUUUCAUCACGUUUUAAAGUUAUAAUACUCACUGUGAAGACACACUAAAUUUUCAGACAUUUUGGCAGACUAAGUGCGUUCAUUAAAUUGUGUUGGAAAUUAGGAAUUUUUUGUCAGAAACAUGAAUUACACACGAGGAAAUUUCAUUGAACUUUUUCAAUCAAAAAUUAUCUAUUAAAUGUAUUUUUGUAUAAAAUACGUUAGCAAAGGUAGAACUAGUAUAAAUGAAUAUGAGAGAAUUGUUAAACACUUAAUCAGUGUUCUCAAUCAUUAUUGAUGGUUUAAUCUUUUGACAAUCAAUGAAUAUCUGGUCUUCUGGGAAGUUGAUCGAUUUUAAUGUUGUUGUUUUUUCUAUCAGUCUAGAUGGAUGUCUGGAUGGUUGGAUACCCAACAUAGAUGGCAUUUUCAGUACACACUCUAGAUAUUAGUACUAGAUACAUGUAUGUAAAAAAAAAACCAGAAUCCUUUGAAGCAUUUAGCAAAAUUGUGAUAAUCAUUAAUUUCACGGUCAUAGACUUUUGUUGUUUUGUGCAAAAUUUCUGUUCUAUGGGAACUUUGCAUCUCCAGUUAGAUUUAAAAUUUAUGGAUUGAUGCAACCACAGAAAUUAGUCCUCAUGAAUAUUAAUGAUUUCACAGUAAGGUUUUACAUGCCUGGAAAUGUUGUUUGAUUUAUCAGUUUUGUGCAUGCUUAUGGCAGCUGACUUUAAUUUAGAUGCCACUUACCUCUGUAGGCUUGAGAUUCACACAGGUCUUCAAGGGACUGACCUCUAGAUGGUACGAAAACAAAGAAAAAAGAUAUUAGCAAGUUAUUUUGAUGUUUCUUAAGAAGGCUUUGAAACUUAGUUACUGGCAAAAUAUAAGAACUGCGCCAUGAGAAAACCAAUAUAGUGGCUUUGCGACCAGCAUGGAUCCAGACCAGCCUGCACUUCCGCGCAGUCUGGUCAGGAUCCAUGCUGUUCGCUAACGGUUUCUCUAACAGCAAUAGGCUUUGAAAGCAAACAGCAUGGAUCCUGACCAGACUGCGCAGAUGCGCAGGCUGGUCUGGGACCAUGCUGUUUGCUAACCGUUAGCGGACAGCAUGGCUCAAUUAAUGUUAUGGAAAGAUAUGAGAAGUAUUGUUUAUACUACUUUUUUCCUUCAAAAUUUUUCUUGAAAAGCAUUUGCCACAGGUAGAUAAUAAACUGUAUUAAUAAUAAAAGUUUAUAUAAACAGUUUUAAAGUAAAAAUUCUGCAGUGGUGUAUUAGUCAAGAUUGUAGGAAAGUUUUUACAUCAAGGCAACCCAGGUUUGAUUCCAAAUCAGAUUUUUGUUUUACAUUAUUUAAUUUUUUUUUUCAGAUAAUUACAAAAAAUAAUUGCAUGAAUUAUUGUUCAUAAUAUAGCAGACUUAAUUUUAAAAAAAGAGUUCUCAUACAGUCUUGUCCUUUUCAUACACAGAAGCCAUCAUUAUUUCUUGUGGAGUAUUAAGAGACCAGCCAAGGCACUUCUCCAGUUGCUGAAAUAAUGUAUGGAGCUGUACUUAAAAGUUUUCUUUCACUAUUAAAAGAAAUUUGAAAGUCCCCGUAAGAAAUCAGUAGCCAUGUAAAUUUCUUAUGUUUAUUUGUUGUGUUGUUUGUUUUCUGCAAAAAUAUAUGGCAGUUGCCUCAAUACAGAUAAAUGAAAGUUUUAUUUGCCAGUGAAUUAACAAAAUAGUAUAUUUUGCUCAAUAAAUUUGUGUUCACAGAUUAGUUAUAAAAAAACAAGAUAUUUUUCCUCUUGAUUAAAGAGGCUUCCUGGCGAAAGUUUUUUUUUUUUU